GCGCUUCCGGCGCGUCUCGCCGGGCCCAACAUGGCGCUGGCCAGUGACUUCUACCUGCGCUACUACGUGGGCCACAAAGGCAAGUUCGGACACGAGUUUCUGGAGUUCGAGUUCCGGCCGGACGGAAAGCUUAGAUAUGCCAACAACAGCAAUUACAAAAAUGACGUCAUGAUCAGAAAGGAGGCGUACGUCCACAAGAGUGUGAUGGAGGAACUGAAGAGAAUCAUCGACGACAGCGAGAUCACAAAGGAAGACGAUGCUCUGUGGCCACCGCCCGACAGGGUCGGUCGGCAGGAGCUUGAAAUCGUCAUUGGAGACGAGCACAUUUCUUUCACCACAUCCAAAAUCGGUUCUCUUAUUGACGUAAAUCAGUCCAAAGACCCGGAAGGCCUUCGAGUAUUUUACUACCUGGUGCAGGACUUGAAAUGCUUGGUGUUCAGCCUCAUCGGAUUACACUUCAAGAUCAAGCCCAUUUAGGCGGCGCGCUUUUGAAGAUGUUUGUAUAUUUAACCGGGGGUGGUUGAGGGAGGGCAUGUUUUUAAUUCGGGGAUUUUUUUCUUUUUUUUAUUAUUAACGUGGAACAAACACUAUUCUUUUGUACGUGAACAGAAAAUGUGAAAAUUUUCUUACUUGGGUCGCAGUGGGUUAGCCCCCUCCCCCCCUCCACCCAUAUUAAAUUCUGUAAAUAAAGAUUACCUCGGGGUGAGACUUGGCUCUA